AUGUGGAAGAAAAUCCUUAAAGCAAGGGCAGUUGCUAAGGGUUUUCACCGAGUAGAUGUCAAGAAUGGAGAGGCUACUUCUUUAUGGAAUGACCAUUGGAGUAAAAUGGGAAGAUUAAUUGAUGUGUUGGGAGCUAGAGGCAAAAUUGACUUGGGUAUAUCUGAGAAUGCAACAGUUGCUGAGGCUAUCUCCAAUCGCAGAAGAAGAUGUCACCGCCUAGCUAUUCUGAACCAUAUUGAAGAUGAAAUAGAGAGGCUGAGAAAUGAGAAUUAUCAGAUGGAGGAUAUAGCCCUAUGGAGAAGUAAGGAAGAGAUGUAUAAAAUGGCAUUUUCUACUAAGAAUACUUGGCUUCAAAUCAGGACAAUAUAUGUAACUCAAAGAUGGAGUAAUGGCGUCUGGUUCAAGCAUGCUACUCCUAAGUACACUUUUCAUACAUGGACAACAAUGAGAAACAGACUAUCAGCUUGUGACAGGAUGCUCAAGUGGAAUCAAAACAUUGAUCCUACUUGUAUCAUUUGUCAACAGUCUAUGGAGACGCGAAAUCACUUGUUCUUCUCUUGUUCAUACUCAAGUCAAGUCUGGAGGAAGCUGGUAAUAGGGUUACUUCAGUCGAGUUAUACAGAAAACUGGGAAGAAAUUGUCAACCUCACACUUGAUAGUAGAAUGGAGAGAGUACGACUAUUCUUGCUGAGAUACACCUUUCAAGCUGCUGGUCAUACACUGUGGUAG